AUGUCUAGGAGUUGGAUUGAAAGAUCAAAGGAUCCAUCCUUUAGAACGUCUGCACUAUACAUGCAGGAGGUUGACAAAUUCCUAGACUAUGCAUUUUCUAAUGCAGCAUGUGGGACUCAGAUCUUAUGCCCAUGUGUAAAGUGCCUAAAUCAACUUUGGGGAAAUCGGACUGAAGUGACCGAACAUCUGGUCUGUGAUGGAUUUUUAAGGAACUAUACAAUUUGGAAUAACCAUGGGGAAGCAUCAUCUUCACACAUCCCUCUCCGUGAAACUCCAGUGGAACUUGACUCAUCAGAUACCUAUGAUGUUACACAUAACAUGCUAAAUGAGAUGUUCAGAAGAAAUACAGAUGAAAGGAUUAAUGAUGGUGGCACAGGUGUGCAUAUAGAGGGGGAAAGUAUAGCAAUGAAGAAAUAUGAACGGUUGAUGGAAGAUGCAAAUUUACCAUUGUAUCCAGGAAACGAAAGGUUUACAAAACUAUCUUUCAUUCUUCGGCUUUAUCAUAUUAAAUGUCUCUGCAAGUUGAGUGACAAAGCAUUCUCAUUGUUGCUUGACUUAUUGAAAGAAGCAUUUCCCGAGCCGAAUUCGUUACCGAAGUCUUUGUAUGAAACCAAGAAGAUUAUUAAAGACUUAGGCCUGAAUUACGAGAAGAUUGAUGCAUGCCGCAACGAUUGCAUGUUGUAUCGGAAUGAGACAGCAAAUGCCACGUCUUAUUACAAAUGUGGCAUAUCAAGAUAUAUAUCAGACGAUAAGAAGAUCCCAGUCAAGAUAUUACGUCAUUUCCCUUUGAUUCCAAGGUUUCAAAGGUUAUAUAUGUCGUCUAAACUAUCAUCUGAUAUGAGAUGGCAUCAUGAAGAGCGUGUAGAUGACCAAAAGUUACGACACCCAGCUGACUCUAAAGCAUGGAAGGACUUCGAUAGGCUUUAUCCGGAUUUUAGUGAGGACCCUCGUAAUAUUAGGCUUGGGCUUGCAAGUGAUGGAUUCAAUCCAUUUAAGAUGAAUAGCUCAAAGCAUAGUACAUGGCCUGUUGUGGUGAUCCCUUACAACUUGCCACCGUGGAUGUGUAUGAAGGCUCCUAACAUGAUUCUUACAUUGCUUAUUCCUGGACCAAAACAACCAGGGAAUGAUAUAGACAUAUAUUUGCAGCCAUUGAUUGAUGAGUUAAAAACAUUGUGGGAUACAGGCGUUGAGACUUAUGAUGCAUAUAAGAAGGAAACAUUUAAGCUACGUGUAUGCUUGUUAUGGACCAUUAAUGAUUUUCCGGCAUAUGGGAAUCUCUCAGGUUGGAGUACAAAAGGUGCUUUGGCUUGUCCAUGUUGCAACAAGGAUACAAUUUCACGUUGGAUAAAAUAUGGAAGAAAGCACUGUUACUUGGGCCAUCGUCGAUUUCUUCCUCCUGAUCAUAAAUUUCGUACUGAUAGAAGAAGUUUUGAUGGUCAUGAGGAACAUAGAGUGCAACCAAAGACACUUUCUGGUUUUGAUGUGUUGGAACAGCUAUGGGGUGCUCAGUUUCCCCCAUUUGGGAAGGAUAAUAUUGACAAGGAUGGGGGGAAGAGAAAAAGGGGGUUACAAAAGCCAGAGCUCCCAUUUAACUGGAAGAAGAAGAGUAUAUUUUUUGAUUUGCCAUAUUGGAAAAAUAAUGUUGUUCGUCAUAAUUUAGACGUGAUGCAUAUUGAGAAGAAUGUUUGUGAUAGUAUCAUUGGGAUAUUGUUAGGUAUGAAAGAUAAGACGAAGGAUCACAUGAAUGCACGUCUAGAUUUAAAAGAUAUGAAAAUCCGUGUUGAUCUUCAUCCAAAGAUUAUUGAAGGUAGGGAUAAAGUCAUUUUACCUCCAGCAUACUACACAUUGUCCAAUGAGGACAAGGAGGUGUUUUGCACAAUAUUAAGUGGUGUGAAGGUUCCAGACGGCUAUGCUAGUAAUAUCUCACGUAAUGUGCAAGUCAAGGAGAGGAUAAUAUCAGGAAUGAAGAGCCAUGAUUGUCAUAUUAUGAUGCAACAACUUCUUCCAGUUUCCUUUCGUAGUGUUUUGCCCAAGAAUGUUGGUAAAGUAUUGAUUGAGAUAUGUGAGUUCUUUCGAGAUUUAUGUAGUAAAGUUGGUUCAGAGGAGGAUUUCAAGAGGCUUAAUCAAAGUAUUGCUGUCUCAAUGUGUAACCUUGAAAGGUAUUUUCCACCUGGAUUUUUUGAUGUUAUGGUGCAUUUGAUAGUUCAUUUAGCCAGCGAGGCGAGCUUGGCUGGUCCUGUACAUUACCGUUGGAUGUAUCCAAUAGAAAGGUUAGUGUUUAAUUAUUAG